UACAUCACUGUCCCAGUUUGUCUGUUUGCUUCAUUUUUUACAUUUUAGCUUUUGAAGACCAUUUUAUUCUUGCUUGCUCUCUGGUUUCCUGGAAGCUCCAAAUCUCCGCCGGUGAGACAGAAAACUCGACUGUGUUUUGGACCAUGGGAGGUUAUUAUGGGCUGGCAGUUCUGGUGGGCGUGUCCUUGCUUCUGACGACCGGCCAAUGUGACGUGAGCUGUAGCGGGUUGGACGGCCGGCCGGGAGAGAGAGGAGCUCCAGGCAGAGAUGGACAUCCUGGAGCAAAGGGAGAGAAAGGAGAGCCAGUUGUGAUGGCUGAAGGUCCGGAGGAUCCAGGCGUCCUGCUGAGGCUGAAGGGGGAGAUGGGGAGUCGUGGCUCGCAAGGUGUCAUGGGUCCUAAAGGUUACCGUGGAGCUCUGGGAGCAGCAGGCUCCCCUGGGACGGCUGGUCGCCCUGGCCCCAACGGGAAGAGCAUCGGCCACGGAGGACAGCAUUCCCCUCUGCAGGCCCGUUCAGCCUUCUCCGUGAUCAGGACUGAUAGAAGUUAUCCUCGCGUUGGCCAGGUGGUAACCUUCCAGAAUACUGUGGUCAACACACCUGCGGACUUCAACGCAGCCACAGGUCACUUCACCUGCAGAGUAUCUGGGGUGUAUUACUUCACCUUCCACUCUGUGGCCAAGGUCAGCGUGUGUCUCUCUAUCGCCAGUGAUGCUCUGCUGGACAAGUUGGGAUUCUGUGAUUACAACAAGAACAGUGAUCAGGUGCUGUCGGGCGGCGCGGUCUUACAGCUGACAGCCGGACAGAAGGUUUGGCUUGAGUCCUUUAGGGACCAGCAGAGACCAUCUGAACUAACAGACAGCCAAGACAAACAGAUCAUCUUCAGCGGCUUCCUGCUCUUCGCAAACACAGAAUGAAGUUCAGUCGUACACUCAAUCAUUUUCCUACAACAUGGAGUCUGAAAACUUUAUGAAUUUAACAUGUAAAAGUUUUUUUUCAGAGGGCAAAUUCACCAUAACACAGUAUCACAGUACAGUUAUAUGUGUGGCUUUUUUGAUUUUGUCUGUACGUGCUAUUAAAACACAAUUAAAGUUAA